AUGUUCUACGACCUGAACCUCCCUUGGUCCGCAAAGGAUCCCGAGCUGCCGCGCACCGUUGCGUUCCUCGCUGAUCUGGGCUACAAUGUCGUCGCCCUGUCCCAUACGCUGUCCGGCAAGCUCCCCGCCGACUUGACCUGUCCGAUUCUCGAUCCGCUGCCGUUCGCCGUCCCCAAGAACGUCCGCAUCCUGCGCCGCUGUACCCUCGUCCUCGCCGACCCCGCGCAGAACCACCGCAUCAACAACCUCGCCCAAACAUAUGACAUCCUCGCUGUAAGACCCGUCGAUGAGAAGACGCUGCAACAAGCAUGCCAGUCGCUGGACUGCGACAUCAUCUCCAUGGACCUGACCCAGCGCCUUGGUUUCUUCUUCAAGUUCAAGAUGCUGUCGCAAGCCAUCGAACGCGGCGUCAAGUUUGAGAUCUGCUAUGCGCCCGGCAUCCUGGCAAAGGACAGCUCCGCGCGGAGAAACCUCAUCAUGAACACCACGCAGUUGAUUCGCGCCUCGAGAGGUAGGGGUCUGAUAAUAAGCAGCGAGGCCAAGUCGGCUCUCGGCUGCCGAGCACCUUGGGACGUGGUCAACCUUGCCGCCGUUUGGGGCCUGGGUCAGGAGCGCGGCCACGAGGCUGUAUCCAAAGAGGCUCGCGCUGCCGUCGUUAGCGCCCAGAUGAAGCGGACUAGCUUCCGGGGCGUCAUCGACGUUGUGUAUGGCGGCGAGAAGCCCGAGAAGAAAGAAGCGCAAGUCAAGAACAAGCAAGAAAGUCAAAAGCGUAAAGCUGAGGGCAUGGCAAAGGGCUCUGAGAACGCCGCCGAGCAGAGCAAAGUCCCGUCAAAGAGCCAGCUUAAGAGGCAGGCCAAGAAAGCACGCCUUGAAAGCACCAAGCCCACCCAGCCUGGUGACGACAAGAAGACUGUAGCCGCAGAGCCCAUGGAUACAUCUUGA